GACAGCUAUGGUGUCUUAAAACCUUCGCUGUGAGUUGGGUCAACUCAAGGGUCGGCUGGAGGAAGAGAACGAAGAAGUAGAAUAGGAAGAUGUGGCUGUUUAGGUCGAAGGGACCAUCGGGGUUCUCGUGGUCGUCCACCGCUGAAGAGGUCACUCGAGGUCUAGAUGGGAGCGGUCUUAGCGCCAUUGUCACAGGGGCUUCGAGUGGAAUCGGUGCUGAAACCGCCCGCGUUCUCGCGCUGCGUGGUGUUCGUGUGGUCAUGGCAGUGCGGAACAUGUCAGCCGGUGCCACUGUGAAGGAGGAAAUUUCCAAGGAAGUUCCAUCUUCCAAGGUCGAUGUGAUGGAGUUGGAUCUUUCUUCGAUGGCAUCUGUGAGGAAAUUUGCUUCUGAAUUCAACGCCUUGAAUCUUCCGCUCAACAUCCUUAUUAACAAUGCAGGAGUGAUGGCUAAUCCAUUUGGUCUUUCAAAAGAUGGUAUUGAGCUGCAAUUUGCAACAAACCAUGUUGGCCAUUUCCUUCUGACUUACCUUCUGUUGGACAAUAUGAAGAAUGCAUCUCGGACAUCUCGAGUCGAAGGCAGGAUUAUCAAUCUUUCAUCAGAAGGCCAUAGGUUUGCAUACGGUGAAGGAAUUCGUUUUGACAAGAUAAAUGAUCAGUCAACAUAUAGCAGCAUUGGUGCCUAUGGUCAGUCAAAGCUUGCAAACAUAUUGCAUGCAAAUGAGCUUACGAAAUGCUUUAAGGAAGAGGGUGUGAACAUAACUGCUAAUUCACUUCAUCCUGGAUCAAUCGUCACAAAUCUUCUACGUUACCACAGUUUUAUUGAUGCCAUUGCUCGUACAGCUGGGAGACUAGUAUUGAAGAAUGUGCAGCAGGGAGCAGCGACAACAUGCUAUGUCGCAUUGCAUCCUCAAGUGAAAGGGGUAAGUGGAAAGUACUUCAGCGACAGCAAUCUAGCAGAGCCUAACUCCAAAGCCAAGGAUAUGGACUUAGCAAAGAAGCUCUGGGACUUCAGUGUUGGUUUGAUCAGCUGAUUUGUCAUUUGCAAUAUACUCUGAGCCAUGAACGCCGACAUUAAAUUUUUACAUGAGAAAACAUCUCAAUAUUCUUCAACACAUUGUUGUUGUCCAUUGAUGAAUGACUGUAUUACAAAUGUUGAACGAGAUUCAUGUGUUGCGUAAACUAUACUUUGCCUAUUUUCUCAAUUUGGAGAGUCAUGUUUCUCAAUCAGAAGUUUUUUCAAGUAAUAUAAGAAUCUUUAUUUUCUCAUUCUAA